UCUAUUUCCCGUGAUGCAACGGGGCUGCGUAUCCAUGACACCCGUAUUAUUGUUGUUGCUGGCGCUACAGUUAGCACGGGAAUGCGUCUGAGGUUGUGCUCCACUAGCGUUGUGUUUGUACAAUGUAAACGUGAUUGAUUGAUAGAUUCUGUUUGUCUGCGGACUGGAGGAGAUGUUGGACCUCCCCGCCAACCAGCACAAGGAGGCAGGCAUGAGAGGCGAGGGGCUGAGCCUGUGAGACGGAGACCAGGGAGGAUGAUCUCACGGUACAGCAGGAGACCCGUGUCUCACAAACUGGAGAUACGUGGGUUGUCUCGCAGCAGCCUUGACCACCACCCUCUCCCAGAGGAGGCAGACGAUAACCAAACGCCUCAGCGAUACCUCCAUGACCUCCAGGAAGCCGUCUCCGCUCACAACAGUUCAGAUACGUCUGCUGCGUCGGGCCACUCCGACUGUCCCACCGUCAUUUCAGUUGACUCCAACCAGUCCUGGUCAGGCAUCCACAGCUCUACCGGCACUGGCAUCUCCACAGAGAGGAGCUCUGUUUUCUCCUGGGGCUACGAUGAGUUCGACAAGGCAGCGUCACGUCAGGUGCAGCAAAUGUUUGAGGAGAUUGACAAAGAGCUGUACGAGGGGAGAGGCAGCGGGGGAGGGAUCCUCCAGGGGCUGCAGGAUGAAUGUCAGCACUGGGCCACACGUUUCCCACAUCUUCGGAUCCUGGGGACUCAGCUGAUGUGUCCCAGUGAUGAGGGCUUCCAGUGGUAUGCUUCUUCAGAGAAAGGCAGCUCUGCCAGCAGCCCAUCAGUAGGCAAAGAGAGCAGUGUGAAGUCCCAGGAGAAAGAUAUGGGUGGCACAGAGUUGAACGUGCAGGGAAGGAGGGCGGCGCUGAUCGAGGCCUCCUCAGCAGAGGCGGAUGAGCCUCCUGGCACCUCCAGUGGCUCCAGCAGUCACGACAAGUCGAGAGUGAUUGAAGUGGACGGUCUGAUGGAGGAAUACCUGGCUUUCGAUAGCAGGGACAUGGAGGACGAGUGGGAGCAGGAUUGUUCAGAGUCGGGUCGAAAGCAUCACUCUAUGCCCCCUGUCUCUCCAUACCGGUGUCGCCGUCAAGCUGUUCUCGACCUGCUGUUUGAUGAUGUGUGGCGGCAGCUGGUUGGCUGGAUGAAAGAGCUGGUUCAACGCCACUGGGAAUGCUGCACCUCAAACGAUGAAAAGAUUUCUGGGAACUUGAGCCCCGUGCCGCAGGACUCCCAGAAUCCCUUCAUGCUGCUCUCCAUGCUUCCGACGAUGCUGCCCAAACUGGGCCAGAGCAGGGUGCCCCCGCUCACAGCUGGGCUGCAGUUUCAGAACACAAAGUCAAGGGGUUCAAAGCACAAGUCCAGACGGAAAUCCAAAAAGCAGAAAAGAUCUUCCACUGCUGGAAGGGUCCCAGUAGGAGCAGCAGCGACCCAGCACAACCUGAACGACCUCAUUGUGAUCCACAGCAUCCCCCUGCAGCAGAGGAACCUGGUCGUGCUGGAAAGAAACCAGGAGCCAGAAGAGCGGGCGUCUCACAGACCGGGCUCCAGCGCGGUCCCCUCCAGCAAACCGCGGCCUCGCAGAGCCCUGGAGCAGAGCUCUUCAUCGCUGUCACGCCCGGCACAGUCUGCCCGGCGUAGAAACCCUCCUCCCCGGACCCUCCUGCCACUGGUUCCCAGUCUGAGUCAGUCCUGCGCGGCGGGAUCCAUGGACGAGGUCAUCCGCGGGACACGUCUACCCACAGCCAGCGACUGCCUGACGUCUCCCUUGUUGCCUUUGAGCAGGAACACACUGCUUCCCCCCAUCAGCACCGGAGACCCAGAGUCAUCUCACUCGGGGCAGCAGUGCAAACCUGCACAGCGUCACAGAGGCCCGUCCAGCCGCGCCCACAGUGCUAUAAACGACGAAGCCGGCAGUUCAAUACCGAGGGAUCGUCACCACCUACUGGACGUCUUCUCUCGGCCCAACACCACUCACACAUACAGGUCCGACACUCCUUACCGUCGUUCCUUCACAGUAUUGGACAACAUCGGGCAGGGGCGGCCAGGCAGAGCCUCUGUAGCCACAGACUCUCUUGGUAUCGGUGUGACGGGCAUCAGUAUCGGCAUCAGCAGCUCAUCUUUCUUGGACUCGUUUUCCCCCCCCUUGGGACACUCACCCAUCAAAGACGAAGAGGAGCCGGACCCACGAGCCGCCGUCCCGGCGACACUGGUGCCAGUGUCAGUCCCACCUCGGUCCUACACCCGGGGAGGCGUCUCAACCAGAGCCAGCAGACCUGGUUUGUAGUUCGCCUCCAAACCCUUCAGCCAUUCAUCUUUAUUCCCCACAACAAAGUGCAACCCUCUGAAGCAUCUGUGCCCUUUUUUUUUUCUUUUUUAAACAGAAGUAGCAGAUUUUUUUCAUAUUAUCCUGCUUUGGUUAAGUUUAUGUUUGAGGCCUAUUUUUGUAUUUCAGAAAUCAGCUUAUGUGGCUGCCAAACACACAGUAACUCCGUCGUCAUGUGCAGUGUGAGCUGUAUGUGUGGGCAUUUGUAAUUUGUAUGUAUGAUCUGAAUGUGUAUAUAUCUAUUUAUAUGUGAAUGUACAGAAUAUUAUCUUCCGUGGAGUGUUGAUAUGUUGGUAAAUGACUAUGCAGGGAAUAACACAUCCACCCCGACAGGGAUAGAGGAGAUAAAAAGCACUUUCUUUCCUCUCUGAUGCUACAUCAGAGGGUUUGGUACUGUAUAUUUUAUAAGGACACAAUUUUCAACUCAGUUUAAAAUCAUAUUAAUCAGAAGAGGGAAUGUGGUGGCUGAACAUCUCUGUAGCACACUUGCUUUUACAUCCACACCUCACGAUAAAUGAAGGAAUAGAAGAAACUGUAAAUAACUAAAGGAUUAAUUCAUCAUGUCUGUACAAGUUACUGUGUUUGAGGUACAUUUUCCUUAUUACCUGAGCAAAGCCACGUGGGGAUGCUUUGACAGGUAACAUCAGGGUCACUGCACAAAGGGUAGUUUUCCUUUCAUUCGUUAUUAAAAUAAUAUAUA